CAUUUCUAUCUUCUCGGCCCUGCUGCCCGGUUCAGACGCACCUCCAUGGCACCGGUUGAGUCGGCCAUCUUCAGAGGAGGCCUCGCCAAGGGAUUUUGCAGGCUGACUCUUACCGGCAAACUUGCUUUGCGGCAAAACUCAGACGCCGUCCCGGCGUUAAUGCGAAAUAUUGGCAGAGACGAGGACGCUGAUGGGAAUGACAGCCGUCGCACGGGAUCUCCAGAGCAGCCCUUCAAAAAAAGGGGGUUCGCAUUAAAGCACCCCAGACUCCCAAUGUUGCUCAACUUUGGCCGCCAGACUUCAAUUCCCAGAAUCCCCCAGCCCUGCAGGGACGGACCUCUGCCUACAAGACGCCCCCCACCCCCAGAACUAGAGGACCAGGCUUCCCAGCGGGCGGACUCCAGAGCCCAUGGGGGGAGGGUGGAUUCUGGGAGUUUGAAGUCCAGGCGUCUUAAAUGCUGCGGAGAAAAGAUCCUGUUGUCCGGCCUCCACCAACCGGUCACCUGCGCAUCGCCCCGGGGAACCCAGGAAGCGGCUGAUGGGCUUGCGGGUGGCCGGGCAGAGCAGCUCUUGCAGGGGGAGGAAGCGGCGCCUCUUCCGCCCGCAGCGCUUUUGCAACAGACCCUGCAGAAGCUGCGACGUUUGCAACCUCCCCCCACCCUCACCGCCUGCAGCCCUGGGGGGGUCCCGGGGGGGGAAGCGCCCAAAGGGACCGGAGGGGAGGGGGAGACCCUGGGGGGCCAAGGCUUUCGGGGUCUGCAAGGAGGGGAGGGAGAGGGGGCUUUGCAGAAAGUGGGGGCUAUCCGCUCCAAGCGCUUCCCACCCUCUUUGCAGGCCCUCGGGAACGGCCUCGCUGGGCCCGGAUGCAAGAUUCGCUUCCAAGUGCAAUAG